AUGGUCCAGUGGAAGCUUCAGCGCAUCAAGGCAGCAUCAGCCUUUGACGGUUACUGGCAGCUUCUGAAGACCCUGUAUGUGGAGCACACCGGUCAUGGUAUGGAUGAUGAGAUGGCACAGGAUUGUCUGAAUUAUAAGAAUGUCGUGAUCAAGCAAUGGGGUCUGCGGCGGCGACCGAAGAGAAAGCCGUCCGGCACCAAGGAUGAUCGACACUACGUUGCUACAGGUAUCCUCCUGUCCUUCAUCUCCGGUGCGAGGCUGGUCUCGCUGUUCGACACCCGGAUCAAAACAAUUGAUGAGAAAGCCGGAUACGGACCGUCAACGGGAGCGUCGCACACAGCCCACAAGGACUCAAAGAGCAGGACUGACCGUCGCCGUCACCGUCACCGUCCCCGAGGGACAGGGUCCCCCGACCUCUACUCGAAGGCGGGACCCCGGAUCGGCCAACACGAUAACAGACCCAUAGCACCCGUAGCACCAGAGAAACGCAAGAGGGCUCAUUCCGAUGACGACGAGGAAUAUCGCGAUCCAAAGAUGGCACGAAUCAUGGCUCCUCGGAGCUGUCGCUCCGCCCGAGAAGGAGCAUCCUGCAGCAAAUACGGGAUGCCCGGUGAAGACAUUAUGUUCGAUGCCCAGGAUAGCGACCUCGAUAGCCAUGGGGGCAAUGAUACGGACUUUGACUCAGGGUAUGUUGAUGAGGAAAGUGACAGCUCUCGCAGCAAUUCCUGUGAACCCAUCUUUAGUGAGCCCGUGCAAGAAAACGAUACCGACACCAAAUCAAGUAUGGGGUCAGUGAAAAGCGGCUCCACCAGCGGUAUAUCUGCUGGCAAUGACCUCAGUGAACUUGACCGCUUCAUAGAUGACGUGACAGACAAUGAGUAUGAUGCUGGCCCUGAGGAGACUGGGGCUCUUGUCUGGCAGUAUAUCGAAUUCCACAUCAUCCAGAGCCCCUUGGCUGGCCGGCCAAACAUUCUCCUGGCUAAGGUCACACUUCUUCACACGAAGGGUGAAGACAAGAAGCCGCGAGUGAAAACAUUUGUCAUCAGUCACAAUCCGGAGCCGCUCCUGGACCUUCUGAGGCAUCUUCUCUUCAUGGCAAUACAUGAUGAGAUCUUCGCCCCUGAAUUCAAAAAGCUUGAAGAUAUCUACUGA